AUGAGCCUCGAUCUCUGGACCCAUCAGUUCUGCCUCGCCUGCGACAAGCAGGUUCACGACGGCGGUGCCUACUGCUCCGAGUCCUGCCGCCUCGCCGACUUUGAAAAGUCGCCCUCAUCACCAUCCUCCCAGGCCAGCUCUCCGGGCUUCGCUCCCACGUCGGGCCCUUGGUCGACCGCCGCUCCGGCCACCAGCGCCCGCCCUGCUGCACGCUCCAAGUUCUACCUCUCGCCGGCAUACGACUUUAGCAACGCCCAGCCGUACGGCACCACGCCCACGGCCAAGCCUCUGCUCGGAUACUACUCGUCGUUGCGCUCCGAACGAGCCUCGCACUCGCUGCCCCUCCGCCAGCUGACGCCCUCGAGCUCCCACAGCAGCCUCUGCUCCAUGCAGAGCACCUCCUCGGACGCCUCCCGCCUGUCCGAUGGUGCCAAGAGGGAGCUGCAGGCCUAUGCCGUGUCCUUUGAGCAGGUCCGCAUGCAGAGACGACGAUCUCAGUAA